CUAAGUCUUUAUCCCUUUUUAUUCUCUUUCAUUUCCCAUCUAAUUCCCAUCAGGGUUCUCGAAAUCAAAUCAUGCAAACCAUCCUAUUCUCAAUACGUUUACACAAACACCUUCCAUAAUACAUACUUUAGGAGAUACGUAAUGGUACACUACUUGGACAGAAUACAGUAUAAAAUAAAAUGGAAGGGCAUAAGUGUAUAUAUCAAGGGGCCCACGAUUUGGAGCGUGCACAUGCACUGUGGCUGGUAUCUUUUAGAACGAUGUAUUAUCAUAGGACAGGUCCAUAAAAUCAUGCCCUAAUCAGUCUUCGGGUCUUUGGUCUUGUUAAAGAAGGAACCCCCAUCACCAAACCCAAACAGACCCUUAUUAUUUUUUAUUUAUUUGUUCUUUUUUUACAUUUUCCAUGCACCUAAUAACGUAAGAAAAACGCUCCCACGGCCUCUCUUCACCAUCUACUUCUCUUCUUCCUCUUCAAAGUCACCCCUUCCGAGAAACUCAAACCCCACAAAACCAAUCAACCAGGAGAUCCAUUUUCCGGCGAUCCAUCUCAAAAUGUCGACAGAAACCGGCGCGUUCAAUUCUCUGAAGCUGCUAACCGUGUUUCUUGUGGUUGCUGCUAUUGCAACUCCAGUUAAUGGCUCCAAUUCUAGAAAGCUGGAUGAAAGCCCCGCGUCUGGAUCGCCUGAUGCGGGAGUCAAGUGCGGUGGAUGCUCUUCGUGCCAGAAUCCAUGCAACCAAAGCCCUCCACCGCCACCACCGCCGUCACCGCCACCGCCUCCCAAGAAGCCACGGGCACCGUACUGUCCUCCUCCACCUCCACCACCUGCAUCUUUCUUAUACGUAACUGGCCCUCCCGGGACCUUGUACCCGAUAGACCAGGACUACGGCGGGGCCGGCCGGAACUUCAUGGUGGGGUUGCCAAUUUUGGCUGGUUGCGGAUUGUUGAAUCUUCUUCUUCUGUAGUGAGUUCAGGGAAGGUUCAGAUUUCAAGGACAGAAUCAGAAUUUUACUGGAGAGGGAAAGUUAAUUGAAGUCCCUAGUUUUGGUACUUUCCCUUAUUUCAAGUGCUUCAUAAUUUGAAUAAAAAUCUUGCUACUUUCUCCAA